CGCCAAACGUGUUUUACUGGUCUGCUGAAUUUGAAAGAAGAAGAAGAAGAACGAGGAACAAGCAAGAUGGCGUUUGAUAAGAAGGCCUAAACGUGGGCAUUAUUGUUCAGCAUUUUUAGUUUGUGCAUACAUGACGUUUAGUGAAGCAAACAUUGUCUAAAGUUGUUUGUAUUCGGAUACAUUUGUCUGGCGCACUUUGAUGCUUCUUCUUGUGCUAUUUUAGCUGGCAAAUGAGCUAACCUUGCUAGUUAGCUUAGCUUAUUAGCUGCUAACUAGAAUACGCCGAAGUUAUCAACACAUGGCUUAGCAGAGACCAAGUGUGAGUGUAAAGUGUUGUGAUUGUGGGAAAAUGUGUGAAAGAACGAUAGCAGAGUACGAGGAGGAACUGUGUCCAACAAAAGAGGGGAAGGAGCGACAACAUCAACUACUGGACGCCUAUUAUAAGAAACAUCAUCAGAUUGUUUUACAAACAGGAAAGUUAAUUAUCUGCGAUGAGGCGGCGACUUGUCCAUUGUGUACGCCACCUUCCGCCCGAUUGUAGCUGAGAUAGGCGCCAGCGCCCCCCGCGACCCCAAAAGGGAAUAAGCGGUAGAAAAUGGAUGGAUGGACGGUUAAUUAUCGUAUGAGGAUGAUGCACUGCUUUGUUUUUAUUUUGUUCAUAACAAGGAGACAGUUUCAGACAUGAGAGACGCCCAGCAGCCCCCCCAUAUCAAAGAAGAAUAUUUACAUCCCCCUUGUGUAAAAGAGGAUGAGGCAGAGCCAUCCUACAUUAAAGAGGAAGAGGAGGAAGUGCGGAGCAGUCAGGAGGGAGUGUGUCCUCUAGGGCAGGAGGAGACGGAUCUCACCAAGUUUCCACUGAGUGUUGUCUCUGUGAAGACUGAAGACCAUGAAGACAAACCCCCUGAGUCCUCACAGCGUCAUCACAGUCCAAACGUCUGUGAAGAACAUCCUCUCCCUCUGCAGCAGGAAGACAGCUUCAAGAUAGAGCAGGAAGAACCACAAAUCUACCACAAUCAUGAGGAAGAGAAGGCACCACCGACCUCACACUUUAAAAAGAGAGAUGUUGAUGGACUAACCUCUAACAUUAAAGAGAAAAAGGAAGUGACACAUCCCCACUACUUUAAAAAGGAAGAACAGUACCCACUGACCCUGCUUGUUAAAGAGGAAGAGGACGGAGAGCAUCUUGAAUGGUCAGAGGAGUUCCCAGUGAUUGGUGUGAUUGUGAAGAGUGAAGAUGAUGAGAUCAAACAUAAAAGUGAGGAGAAGAGAGAGGUGGAGCCUCUAAGCAGCAGCUCAACUCAACACAUCACAACAGAAGCUGAUGGAGACCUCUGUGGAGGAUCACAAGCAGACAAGCUCUUAGCUCCACUAUCAGAUAGUGACGACACAUCACACUCUCCUGACACUGAUGAUGAAGACUCUAAAGCCGACAAGACAUGUCACACUGACAACACACGCUUUAAUUGUUCUCACUGUGACAAAACUUGCAAAUACCGUUGUGAUCUGAAAAUACACAUGAGAAAACACACUGGAGAAAAACCUUUCACCUGUUCAAUCUGUAGUAAAGGUUUUGCAGAAAGUCAAAAUUUGAAAGUACACAUGAGAAUACACACGGGAGAAAAGCCAUUUGUGUGCUCAGUUUGCAGUAAAAGAUUCUCUCUGAAGCAAGCUAUGAUUAGACACACAAGAAUACACACUGGAGAAAAAACUUUUUUCUGCUCCGAAUGUGGUAAAGGUUUUAUACAAAAUAGUGAUCUGAAUAUACACAUGAGAACACACACUGAAGAAAAAUCAUUUUCCUGCUCAGAAUGUGGUAAAUAUUUUCUCCAAAGACAGUAUUUAAAAAAACACAUGAGAAUACAUACUGGAGAAAACCAGUAUAACUGUUCAAUCUGCGGUAAGGAUUUUGUAAAACGUCAAUAUUUGACAGUACACAUGAGAAUACACACCAGGGAAAAACAUUUUCUCUGUUCAAUCUGCGGUAAAGGUUUUGUACAAAGUAACAAUUUAAAAGUACACAUGAGAAUACACACUGGAGAAAAACUACUUUCCUGUUCUAUCUGCAGUAAAGAUUUUGUACAAAGUCAACAUUUGAAAGCACACAUGAGAACACACACAGGUGAGAAAGUGUUGAGUUGCAGUGUGUGUGAUGAAAGAUUCUCUUAUAAGUACCAGUGUAAGAAACACAAGUGUGCUGGUGAGAACAGCAGCAAAUGAAGCUGCAGACUUUAUUAACCAUGGCCUUCUGACAUCAGCACAUAUAACAUGAUUUACAUUAUUGUUGUGUAUGUAACACAUACUUGUUAAUAUUCUUCUUACAUUAAUAGAUGAUAUAUUUCAGGUUAGUAUUUUUUUUUGUGGGUCAAGUAUAUGCAAUGAUAUACAAACUAGUGUACUUUAAUUAAAAUCAGAGCAAUUUGACUUAAAAAGGUACGAGUAAACAGUACAAAACAUGUAUGUUACAUACAAUAAACAUUUAAUGUGUAUAUGGAAAUUCAUAAUCAAAUUUUAAGCUUACUCAUAACAGUGUUUUAAUAUCGGAUUUUAAUAUCAUUAUUUACUUUGUACAUCAUUUGAGCAGUAUGUGUUUUUAUCAUUUACUUUUGAAAUGUGUGACUUAAUGAAUCAUUUGUUGGGUCCUGAUAAUACAUUCUUUAAACUUAAUUAGUUUUUUUUGUAAUAUGAAUAUUCUUUUGUGAUUGUUUUAUAUGUAUGUUCCCAGACUUUAUGCAAUAUAUAAUGUAUGCUUCAACUAAAGUUGGGAACAAUAAAUGUAGUUAUUUGUUA